UCUUUUCUUGUAAUUCGCGUGACGAAGUAGAUUUAGUGAAUUUUACGUUCCCUUGCAUUUUUCCGUCAAUUAAAUAGAACGAAAGUGAAGUGAAGAAAGUGAUGGAACGUGUCGAUGUGUACCAGUGAGGAAGGAACAAUAUUUAAUAGAACUUUGGUUAAAUCGUCUCUGAUGACUGGCGUAAACGCUAAAACGGCCGUUUCUUCCAGUUUUCGAGAGACGAGACUCAGCGAUGCGUCGGUUAAUGAUCGAGGGGUGCGAUCGAGGAGGGUGCGAUCGAAAAUAUGAGGAAAGGGGCGCGGUUUUCGGAAAGCGGCCGUCACUAUAAAUAGAGACGCCUCGUGCGUGCGUGCUAUGCUUUUAAACAUAGUUUUGGCAGCGCGAAACGUCAAACCGCCUCGGAGUGGCAAAGUGCGUGGAUCGUUCCGCGAAUUUUACGGGAAAACAUUGGCCGAGAUCCUUGUUUCGUUUCGUGUAAUUCGUGUGAUAAUUGCGCGACGCCGGACAUACUCGCGUACUCGAGAAUGAAAUGUGUUUCCGUGUGAUCGGAUUAAACAAAGAGAAAUCAUUCGUCCCAUUGUCCGUCCUUAACGAGAAUAAAAAAAGAGAAAGGAAACGAGAAAAUAGAAGAUUUGUUGGCGACGUGUAGAAUCAAAGCAAAACUCGUUCAGUUGCAAUUGCAACGACGCGAAGACGCGUUUCGAAAGAAUAUUCAAGUCGUUCACGGAAAGAAUAACAUUUUGAACGUUUCGUUUUAUUCGUCGUUUCUGAUUUCUUUCUUCUUUCUUUUUUCAUUCGAUUAAAGGGAAGUAAAAGCGUAGGAAGUUUCGUUGAGGGGAAUAGGAAAUGAAAAGUGCGUCGGAGAAAUGUGACAAGGAGAACCAGCGGCCGAUGGAGACGUGUCACGAGGCUGACGGAGACGAGGAUGCCCAGGACGAAGAGUAAAAAUCGCCACCACACUAGCAAAAACGCCUGCUCCCGCGUUUCGUGCGUGUGCUCGUCGCUCUGCGUCAGAUGUGCACGAAGGACAUUGUAUAGGGGACCGAUAGGACGAGCUGCCACGUUCCAUUGUGUGAUGUCACCGAGCAACAAAAGCACGGACGAGGCUAUAAACGAUGCGCUGUUGGAGAAGCUACGAACUUGCGUGUCCAAGCCGCAGGAGGCCGAAACGUUCAGGCACAUCGCAGCUAAGAUUCAUGCUCGCGUCACGUCUUCAGAUCGAAGAGUGCGCGAACGAACGCUGGAGAAAUUAUGGCGCAAGAAUUCCGGCGCGAUGGAAAUAUUCAUCACAACGCUGGAGAAUUGCAAGGAUCACGUGAUAAACUGCAGUAUCGCCAGCAUACUACACGAAUGCAUAUCACCCCGUGUCGCGAGGGGGAAGACCAAAGGGAACAAGAACAAAAGUGCCACAAGAUCCAGCAGCCGAAUGGCGGUGAUGCAGCUGAUCAAUCUAGGAAUCACGCAAGUUUUAGUUAAGCUCUUAGUGAACCUGCAGCACGCGGACAGUAUUUCGAGCGAAGUCCUCACGCAGGAGGUGCUUUGGCUUUUGGGACAGAUAGCCCAAAGGGACCAGAAAUUCGUGUCAAAAAUGAAGAUGCUUAAUACCAUAAAAGUGUUCCAUACGCUGUUGAAACAACAUUACAACAACAGCAAGACUCUCUUGCCGUUGUUGUUGAUCAUCAAGUGUCUCGCCAGAAACUCAUUCUCUCUUCAAGUAUUGGUGAAGGACGGGAUCGCCAGCACGCUGGAGAUUACGUUCGUGUGCGUCGGUUACAUGCCACACCUGAAACUCCGACUGCUGCUAGAGUGUUUUAAAUAUUUCACAACGAGCAAACUUUGUUGCACGAAAUUCGUGAAAGUGGGCCUGGUGCAUCUGUUGAUGAGGAUCUUCGAAAGAUGGGAACGAUUCGACGGCCCGAUGCGACUGAAGAUUUGCAACUGCGCUUUGAUCACGUUGCAGCACUUAUGCGUCAUAAAAGCCGGCCGGAAGGCUAUCAAGACGAACAAUGGUCUGCAACUACUGUACCGGUUCUGCAACUACUGUCCAGAGGAUAAGGCAUACGAUUCGUUGCUGUCGCGUAUAUGCGGGAUAAUCAAUCAAUGUCUGGAGAAAAAGGAGCUGCCAGUGCCCGAAAUGUCGCCGGCAAGAUUCGUGCUGCCUGAAGCGAAUGUGAGGCCGAACAGCGCCGAGAGCGGCAGCGACAUCGACAGUCAGGCCUGUAGCGUGGCUUCUCUUGGAAGACUGUACAGCGACCUUGAUUCCGGGGACGAAGAAGAAAGCCAGAAUUCAAGGACAAAUGUGAAAACUAUGAACGCAGCCGACGAAGUGGACGAGAGCAAGUUCUUUGCUGGUGUGUUCACUUCGCAACGAUCGGAGGAGGACUUAACCGAAUACAACGUUUUCUUCAAAGAGUUCAACCAACAGAGCCAAGUAUCCACGGCAAAGUGUUCGACUGAAAAGUUAACCGAUACGACGGACACGAAAGUGUCCGGUAACAAGACGAAAACGUUCGCGAAGGAUCCAAUAAAAGAUGGGCCGGCAAGGAGUCAAACAACGAAUAACGACACGGCGAUCAAAAUCUUUGGCAACAUGUGUUCGAGCUUGACGGAUCAACAGGCAUACUGCGUGAUAGCGAGCAGAGUGAAAAGCGUGAUCGGUUUCGUGAAGGUGGCUUACCCGGAUUUGAUCGGUGGCGAUGGCCUUGGUAAGGACGAGCCUUUGAACAACAAGGACAGGAAGAUCUGUCGAUCGAAGCUUCUCACAUGCGUGGAACGAGGUCUUCAUGGUAGCACCCUGGUUCAAGAAGUGGUCUACGAUCUCGACGCUGUGGCCUCCGGUAACGGUGACGAGCAAACCUCGGUUGAUGAUCAUUUGUGCAACAGGGAUGAGAACAGAAUAGGCAAACGUUGCUCCGACACGAAACAGCUGCACUUCGAGUCUCGAUUCGAGAGCGGGAACCUGAGGAAAGUUAUUCAGAUAGGCCUGAGAGAGUACGAUCUGAUCUUGACGCCGGACGUGAACAGCGGUUCCAGGCACCAGUGGUUCUAUUUCGAGGUGUCGAACAUGGAGGCAAACCUGCCGUACACGUUCAACAUCAUCAACUGCGAGAAGGCAAACUCGCAGUUCAACUUUGGUAUGAAACCGAUUCUCUUCAGCGUGAUGGAGGCUCAUUUGGGCAGGCCCGGCUGGGUGAGAACGGGCGCUGACAUCUGCUACUAUCGAAAUUGUUAUCAACGGCCGACCAAAGGGAAGAAUUAUCUGACCACUUCGUUCACUGUCACGUUUCCUCACGCGCACGACGUUUGCUACCUGGCGUAUCACUUCCCUUACACGUACAGCCUGUUAAUGACGAACAUCUGGAAGUGGACCAGGAGGGUCCCCCCGAACACAUACUUCAGAGCGGAGACACUUUGCGAAACGUUGAAUGGGAAUAACAAUCCUCUGUUGACUAUUACGUCCUUAGAUUCGAAGAGCAAUCCUAUACAGAACCGUAAAGUGAUAUUUCUGACAUCGAGGGUUCAUCCGGGUGAGAGCAAUGCUUCGUGGGUGAUGGAUGGUACAUUGGAGGCGCUGUUGAGCAGCAACCCUUACGUAGCCGGUUUACGAGACGAUUAUGUAUUCAAAAUAGUGCCAAUGCUGAACAUCGAGGGUGUGGUAAACGGUUGCAAUCGAUACGGAUUGACGAACGAAGACCUGAACAGACGAUGGAGUAACCCGAAUCAGGUACUCCAUCCGGUGAUUUAUCACACGAAGGGCCUGAUGGAGUAUUGCACGAGGGUGCUGCAGAGACCUCCCUACGUUUUCGUCGACUAUCAUGGCCAUUCACGGAGGAAGAACGUGUUUCUGUUCGGUUGCUCAAGGUCGGGUUCUUGGAGCGCCGCGGACAGGGCGAAACCGGACCAGCCGGCGCAGUAUUUGAUGUUGCCGCACCUCAUGCAAAGAAUAUCUCCGGCGUUCGCGUUGCCACUGUGCUCGUUCAAGGUCGAGAGGAACAAGGAGUCCACGGCUAGGGUAGCCAUAUGGCGGCAGUUAGGUGUCUCGAGAAGUUACACCAUGGAGAGCAGUUUCUGCGGAUGUGACCAAGGAACGUUGGCUGGCUUGCAUCUGGACACGAAACACCUGAAAGCGAUCGGUCAAGAUUUUUGCCAGGCUCUGUCGAUGAUGAAGGACUGCGGCGAAGAUUGGAGCGUGGAGAAGACAUUGAUGGAAGACUGUUGCCCGCGAAAAUGCAUUUUGCGGGCGUCGAAGAAGGUUCCGCCUAAAUGUAUUCAGGAUAAAUCGGCGGUGCAUCAUAUCGCUGCGAUCCCAUAACGAACGAUUAAGUAGACGAUUCAAGAAUCCCCAUGGGAGAGGGUAUUCCGGAGGAAUCAGGAUGCAUGGAGGAUGACAUUUCGUCCAGUUGCGAGUCGGAUGAGUCCGAUUUUGAAACUUAAAAAUAAUUUCGAAUCUCGUAGAAUCGAUCAAGGUGAAUAUCGGCGUUCCUUCGUACAUCGAACGUCAAUGAUCGUCAAAGAUUCUUUUGGUUGCCGAACGGAAGGAAGUAAGAACACCGAAGAGGGAAGAGUUCUGUACACUUUGAGGAAUUUUUAUUUAAAACUCGUAACAAAUAUCAAGCUAUCUCUACGGAGAUCCUACGUGGAAACUGAAGCCCAGUUUCAUUGAAAUACAAUUUCGAAUACGAACGUUUGCCGCCGUUUGUGAAUUGAAACUUCUAUUAAAUUUGAGCACCUUAGACAUCACCGAUGACGGAGCGUAUGCCCGCUUGAAUCAGAAUUUGAGAACUUCGUUCGC